AUGGAAGUGAUGCCCAGUGUUGAUAGCCAGAGUGAUGGCUCAAGUCCAUCCUUCGGUUACGCUCUGGCCGGCUGGCCUGGUUCCCCCGGUGGUCCCGGCUUCGACUACUCCAAUCACAGUCGUCCAAGCUUGAACUGUGUGUGUGAACAAGGCGGUAGCUCGCUCAAUCCCGUCGUAGUUACCGAAGAGCAUCGUGAAGAGAGACGUCGAACCUGGUGGCUGUUGUACAUCAUGGAUCGGCACCUUGCGCUCUGCUACAAUCGACCAUUGGCCCUUCUCGAUGCGGAAAGCGAGGAUCUUCUUCUUCCAUUGGACGAGAGCUCCUGGCAGGCGGGCAAUAUCCAUAGCAACAGCCCCCGACAAGAUGGACCCCAGUGCCCGCGCUCAGGAGAUCAGAACAAACGCCGCGUGUUUCCCAACUUCAUAUGCCAUGAUCACUCCAUCCUUGGCUUCUUCUUGCCGCUCAUGACAAUCACCGGGGAGUUGAUUGAUCUAAACCAAGCCCGUAACCAUCCUACGCUCGGUCUCCGGCUCCAGGGGAAGGAGGCUUGGGAGAUUCAUGUGGCAGAGGUCUUGCGGCAGCUUGAAAUCUACAGAGCUAGUCUUACCACCUUUGCCGCGGCCACUACCGCUGACCCGGAAGCGUCGCUAUCGACUGCAUAUGCGCCCAAAUCCGAUCAACCGGCCGACCCCCAGAUAUCUCAGGCCUUUUCCUGGCAUACCCAGACGGUUAUUGCCUAUUCGUCCUACUUGGUCCAUGUUCUCCAUAUUCUGCUGGUGGGUAAAUGGGAUCCAGUCUCCCUGAUCGAAGACAAGGAUUUUUGGACUUCGUCGCCGGCCUUUGCGUCCACCAUCUCCCAUGCACUGGAAGCUGCAGACUCCGUGCAGCAAAUCUUACGAUUUGACCCGGACAUCAGCUUUAUGCCAUACUUUUUUGGUAUCCAGCUCUUGCAAGGCAGUUUCCUGUUGCUUCUCAUCGUGGAGCGCCUUCAAAAGGAAGCGGGCGAAGGUAUCCUGAACGCCUGCGAAACGAUGAUUCGCGCCACCGAGUCUUGCGUCGUCACUCUGAAUACAGAGUACCAGCGCAGCUUCCGGCAAGUCAUGCGAAGCGCCGUUGCACAAGCCCGCGGACGGCCUGUGAAUCCGAGCGAGAUACGACAUCGCCGCAAAGCAGUUCUGGCCCUCUAUCGAUGGACACGCAAAGGCACUGGUCUCGCGCUGUGA